UCAGAGUCUGGGCCUUCGACAACCAGUGCAAGAUGGUUAACUGGCGUAGUCGGACUCAAUCCCCUCCGAGUCUGCACAUGGGCAAAUUUUGUGAACCUUACUAAGUCUUCGUCAUCCAACAAAGCAAUGAAUCAGGAAACUACAGCACCAGCAUAGCUGCAAAGGCCGGUGCUGUAUACCUCGAGAGUUUUGAUCUUGACAUUGCUGUUCCGAGCAGCAUUUUCCCGAUGUACAAAUCCAACUUUGUAACAGGGAACUCAAGAGGCCCAACUGCAUACGUCUUCAAUCAUACUACUCACAUACUGCUGGACGCCGUUGAUAUCAGCAUUAUAAAUGUGACAGGAAGAUUUCAACCAAUCCCCCUGAGAACCUUACACAAGGAUAUACUCAAAUAGUGCAAUGGGUAAGUUUUUAUAUACUUCAUGUACACGGUCUGGUGAUCACUCGUUGAUAUGCCUUGGUCCUCAGCGGCUUGCGUCCCGGGUCGAGUGCCGGGUAUGCAGCUCAUUCUUCACAUUAUUACUGCCUUUUGGCGCAACAGUUAAGCAGACGACAGUCUUGACUAAGUUACAUCACAUCGUCAAUGUAAAAUGUCGACAUUGCUACCGUCGCAUCCCAACCUUUAUUGGCGUUGACUAUAUCUCCUCCGCAUUUCCGCAAAGGAAAAUACACAUUAGUGAACGCCGGAGCUGCAUUGCACAACUCAGAAAUACCCGAGCAGUUUUCACAGGUGAAGGCACAUGCAGCCAACGAAAAUCCCUCGUUUGCGCUGGAUGGAUCACAGUGCUGAUCAAGAUGUUGUGGAGAUGCUCGACGCCCAUGAUGACCCCUUACCCGUUCGGACCAUGUCGCAUCUUGAGCGACUUUGGGUGUUGUGGCGGGCCGCCUGCGGUGCUUGUUUUGCUCGUUCGUUUGCGCGCUCUUUUCUGGUAUCUCAGGGUGACAUGGUGCCCGACAUAUGACGGUGCCCUGAAUUUGCGCUGGGCGCAUCCGUCACUUUGAUCGCGGCUUGAUUGUCCCUCACGUUAUUAUCAAUUUAUAUUUCCUCUCUUCGCCGAUAAGAUCAUUCUAUCUCCGCCUCGUACACCGCGCAUUUUUCCCCCUGUCUCAGGUGGACUUGUUCCCAGCUUACCACUUCAUCUCCUCUCAUCACAACUAUCUGCCCUGCCACCCCUCCCUUGCUUAU